CGGGAAUGUGAGCACCACUUCCGCUGAGCUUGUCAGUGUCCCAAACUGCUGUCCAGAGGCACUCUAUUCAAAUCUUUAGGUUUCACAGAUUGUCAACUUUCUCAUCCCACAAAAGAAACACACACAAUUAUCAGCAGCCAUGGAUACACCAGCCGCCACACAGCCCGUCAUAUGCGAGGUCUGUGGAACGUACUUUGAGACACGACGAGGGCUCUCCAGCCACGCCCGCCUCCACCUACGACAGCUCGGUGUGACGUUGUCAGAAAGCAGCGGAGCUCCCAUUGAACUCCUCUACCAGCUCAUCGAGGAGAGAGGUGAAACCCUUCCUGACCUCAAAGCAGACUCGCCUGUUCCUGGGCCAAGCCCUCUCAAAAAAACAUCCCAGCAGGAGUCCAGGACACCUUCAGCGUCAGAGGACAGGGUUGACUCCUUUAAAGCAAAGAGUAGAGUCGUGACAACUCCUGAAAAGAUGGAUCAUCAGGGAUCUCCAUCCAGACCCAAAGAGUCACCCAUCUCCUUCCUCCCCUCGUCCCCUACUGGUCUUAAGCAGGUCGAGUCUAGAACAAGUGAAGGAAGCAGGUCAUCCUCCGUAGAGCGCCAAACCAUAACCAAGCCACUGUGGGCACCGCUGGAAACGGACGCCCCUAUCACCUUAGCUUCAGACACCAGCAAUGAGGUCCAUGUGUGCCAACUAUGUGGCUGCUGGUAUGGGACACGCAAAGGCCUGUCCACUCAUGCCCGGGCCCACCUGCGCCAGAUUGGAGUCCCUGACAGUGACAUCAAGGGCAGCCCUAUUGACAUGCUUUACCAGAUAAUGGAGGAGGAGGACCUGAAACCCAUCAGCAGCGAGCAACGGAAGGAGGUCCCCUCAAACACUCCCUCUGGGUCCUCCCUCAAACGUGCCUCACAUCUGCCCUCUUCAACUGCAUCUUCACCCAGCAAACGGCCUAAAACUUCAGAGGACUUUAGUUGUAUUUUCUGCGGGGAGAGGUUUGAGAGUCAUAAAGCCCUGGCCAUCCAUGCACGCGCUCAUCUGCGUCAGAUCGGAGUAGUGGACCCGACAGGGAAAAGCUCUUCAAUUGAAACCCUCCAAGAACUGGUCAGCAGUGGCAUGCUUGAAGCCAUGCACCCGCCCAAAACUCCCAAAACAAACACCACAACCAGCUCAUCUGCAGCACCAUCUCCAGCCCCAUUUACUCCCACAUCCCCUUCCCCAAGCCCUGCAAAGUUCACUGGGUCUCCCAUUAACAAGGCCCCAAAAGCUAAGAAAGGCUUUCGGCUAGCAGUGGACCCCCUUCAUAGGAAGCCCAAGCCGGAGCCUGUGGAGUUUGAGGUGUCUGAUCAGCUGAAGGCACCCAGCACUAACAGCAGCUCUCCCACGCAGGCGUCACCUGCAGCUUCUGAGCCUCUUAUUGCAGUGUCCUCAGAUGCCACAGAUGGACAAUCCCCACCAACAGUCCUUUGCGACUACUGCGGCCAGCUGUUUGACACCCGCAAAGCCCUGUCAUGUCACGCCCGUGCCCAUCUGCGUGCGUUGGGCCUCGCCUGGUCGAUCAAAACAUCGCCGAUUGACCUCCUCAAAGAGGUCAUGAUGCGCGGUGAAGACAAGAAGAAAUCGUUGGUGCCCACUGGGUCAUCAGGCAAAGCCAUGUGGACCCCUCAAAGCUCCAGAAGAUCCCUUGACAGCCUUCAGUCAAGGGAACAGGCCACCAACCUGUCCAGCUCUCCUCUUGAUUAUUCUAUGAAAGAGAAGUCUGUGUCCAGCAAGAGUGGGGCCCCACACCCCGAUGCAUCCUGUGAGCUUUGUGGGUUUGACUUUGAGAACCGCAAGGCCCUGGCCAGUCAUGCUCGAGCCCACCUCCGCCAGUUGGGAAUCAUUGAGUGGAAGGCAGAUGGAGCGAGUUCACCAAUUGAACUCCUCAGUGAGUUGAUCCGGAGGGACCCAGCUAAAGUAGCAGCAAUAACCCGGCGCUAUCGCAUGGGAGACCUUUACAUCAAAAAGUCGCAGAGAGGCGCUUCUUCACCCUCUCUGUCCACAGACUCUGACUUUGUCCCCAACUUUAAGUCUUCAGUGGGCAGAGAGCACAGGGGAAUGACUGCCAGCUCAUCCAGACAAUCACAUGGCCACACACGGACUAACACAGCCCACAGCGACAGUGGUCUGCGCUCCCCAAGGGGUGUCCAUCCACCAAAACAUGUUGUGCGUUCAGGGGAAGCAAAUCAGGACACCAACUCCCAGCAGCCGUCACGGUCAGGCAGCAUCCCCGCUAUGCUGCCAAAACCUCCGCUAACACCACUGGUCAAACUGGUGGGCAAAAUCUACUCCCUCAAGUGCAGGUUCUGUGAUGAAGUGUUCCAAGGACCUCUGUCUGUUCAAGAGCGGUGGAUCACACACCUGCAGAAACACAUCCUGUCACUGGGCUACAAAGGCAAAGAAUCGCCACCUGCUGCGCCAGUGGCAGCUCCAGCGCUCGUCCAUCCAGUAGCUGUCUAGUCCCCAAAAUCUCUUCUGUAAUUCACAUCAAACAAAGUUGUCAUUUUCAAAUGUCACAGCAGAGUCAGGGAGAAGUCUUUAUGUCUAUUUUGAGGUAACAUCGAAAGUAAAAAGUGUAAAGUAGAUGUUCCCUUAUUGUCCUGCAGAGGGCAGGCAUGAGCCAUAUGAAGAAAGCAGUAAUCCACUCAGGUAAAAUCCACUAGAUACCACAGACCACAAUACUGAUCACUGGAUGUUUUUAAAACAUCCAAAGACGGUUCAUCCUAUACUUUGAUGAUCAGUGCUUUCCUCCUGGUGCUCAUAAUUCCUACAAUUUGUACAGAUAUUAAAUGUGAUCCAGUGUUUGUCAUUAACACAUUUUAUGUCCCACACUGAGAGAACGAUCCGGGUCAAUGAUUUCUUCAUUUAGUCCUGCUGAGUAAGUGUGGUUGCAGUUUCACUGUGAUAUGCUGUGUCUCUUUUAUAUGCUUUUGAUUUGAGUCUUGUUUUAUGUUUGAUUUUUAAGUGUUUUACUAUAAAUUCAGAAUGCUUAUUUUUCUCUCAAGUGGAAAUGUUUAUGAGUAACUAUACACUGGUACAGGAGAAGUUAGACACAGUUUGUAUCCAGCUGGUGGCAACUUGGUUGUUAAAAGAAAGGUUGUCAGGAAUACAACAUCCUGAAAAUCAGCCAUCUUGGUUAUAGAGACACUGUGUUUCUGUUUUUGACAUUUACUUAGGGUGUGAUGUACUGUUUUUCUGGUCUUUUUACAUUUGUUUUUUUAACACUUACGUUAUUAAACUGUGUCUUGUGUGGAA